CAGAUGUAUUGGAUUACAACUUAUUGUUUUCAGCUAUCUUGAGUACCGUAUUUUUCGGACUGUAAGACGCACUGGACUAUAAGACGCACCUAGAUUUAGCGGAGGAAAACAAGAAAAAAUUUUUUGGCCUCUACACAUCCCAUUUUUGCCCUCCCCGCCCCCCAGAAGCACUUUGCAGAUAAAAAACAGGCCAAUGUUUUGGCCUCCUGAACCCUCCGCAUAUCCCAUUUUCACCAAAAUCGCAUCCAUUUUUGGUCUGCGGAGUACUUCUGGGGGCCGAGGAGGGCAAAAAUGCAACACGCAGACAGUUCGGGUAGCCAAAAGCAGGCCUGAAUUCAUUCAAAGACGUACCAAAAUUUUUACCCACUUUUUUGGGGGAGAAGUGCGACUUAUACGCUGGAUCAUACGCUGGAUCAUGGAGAAAGCUAGGGAGUUCCAGAAAAACAUCUACUUCUGCUUCAUUGACUAUGCUAAAGCCUUUGAUUGUGUGGAUCACAACAAAUUGUGGCAAGUUCUUAAAGAGAUGGGAGUACCAGACCAUCUUAUUUGUCUCUUGAGAAAUCUGUAUGCGGGUCAAGAAGCCACAGUGAGAACUGGACACGGAACCACUGAUUGGUUCAAAAUUGGGAAAGGAGUCCGACAAGGCUGUAUACUAUCACUCUGCCUAUUUAACUUGUAUGCAGAACACAUCAUGAGAAAGGCGGGGCUAGAUGAAUCAAAAAUUGGAAUUAAGAUUGCCGGAAGAAAUAUUAACAACCUCAGAUAUGCAGAUGAUACCACUCUAAUGGCAGAAAGCGAAGAGGAACUAAAGAGUCUCUUGAUGCGGGUGAAGGAAGAGAGUGCAAAAGUUGGCUUGAAACUCAACAUUAAGAAAACUAAAAUCAUGGCAUCCGUCCCUUUCAAUUCCUGGCAGAUAAAUGGUGAAGAAAUGGAGGUAGUGACAGAUUUUAUUUUCCUGGGCUCCAAGAUUACCGCAGAUGGGGAUUGCAGCCAAGAAAUUAAAAGUCGCUUGCUCCUGGGGAGGAAAGCUAUGGCAAAUCUAGACAGCGUACUAAAAAGCAGAGACAUCACCCUGCCAACCAAAGUACAUAUAGUCAAAGCUAUGGUUUUCCCAGUUGCAAUGUAUGGCUGUGAAGGUUGGACCAUAAGAAAGGAUGAUGCUGCCAGUACUACAAUGAAGAGGAGCCGAGCAAAUAAACAGGACCACAUCACAAUAUGUGCAUUUUAG